GAUGUCCUGAAACAAGCCGUUUUAUCGGGUUUUAACGGUGAAAUUUGUAAUGAAUAAACAAUAAAUUAAAUAAAAAGUGGUUUUUCUUUGUUUCAUAAUAAUGUUUCAUUUAUAGUUUUAUUAAUUAAAAAGAAACUUUCAAAAUUGACUUCAUCAAAUGGUAUUAUUUAAGUUGAGUUUGCAAGUUAGAUAUUUAGAUUGACCAAGACUGUUAAUGAACAAUUAGACACUUCUAAUAGAAGUCUAAAUACUGCUAGCAGAAGACUAGAUGAUGAAGGUAGAACACUAUAUCCUUCUGCCAGAGAAGUACGCCAGGAUGGUUUCGACAACCAUAAGAAAUCCCAAAAUGAAUGGAAAUGUCUUUACAAAAUUGGUUUAAAUUUAUAAAUACUAGAAAAAGAUGAAACUUUGGAAGGUUUUAGCAAGAAACAGUCAUGUUUAUACGAAUCAUAUCACUCAAAGUAAUGGAAUGGAAUUAUAUGAAUUCAAAUCGAGAUCGCCAACGUUUUCCGAAGAUUCUGGAAAACAUUCGGGAAACAGUUUACACGAAACUUUACACCAGAAUUCGUAUUUAGCUACGGUUCAAUUGAGAAGGAAACCUGGGGAAAAUUUGGGAAUUAUAUUAUCAUCAGGGCACUCCGAAAUCGACCAAUGUCCGAGCAUCGCUUCUUUACGUCCCGGAUCGGUGGCUUUAACAAGCGACCAACUUGUACCAGGAGAUAAAAUACAUUCUAUUAAUGGCAUAAAUACGUCGAGAAUGCGACCGGAAGAUGUUACCACACUUUUAGAUAACGUUGAUGGAAAUGCUUUGUUGGAAAUUGAGUAUUCUUUACCUAAUUUUGUCUCGGAAAAUUCUCUAUGUUUAACUUCGAAAAUUGCUGAAAUUUCUAUUGAGCGUCUUGAGGGGUCUUUAGGAAUUACAUUAAGAGGCGGUACGGUUUUAGAACAACCCCAUUUAAGCAAACCUUUAGUCAUUACUCAAGUUAGAACAAAUGGGCCAGCUUACAGGAGUGGUUUAAUUAAACCCGGUGAUCGUCUUUUAAAAGUCGAUAGUCAACCACUUAUUAAUAAAACAUUAAUCGAAGCGCAAAAACUGCUUAAAGAGGCAUCUCAAAAUAACGGCCCAUUUACCAAUUUAACGAUUGAAUACGAUGUAAAUAUUAUGGAAUCGGUUAAAUACGCGACCGGGCCGUUACUAGUCGAAAUAGACAGGCAAAUGAACGAGGAUUUAGGAUUAAUUUUGGGAAAUUGUUGUGAUUUAAAUUCAACUGAAGACAUUUUAACCGCAGGUAUUUUUAUUUCUAAUAUUAUUCCGGCCAGCGUUGCCGACAGGUGUGGUGCUUUAAAUGUUGGCGAUCAAAUAUUAGCCAUUGAUAAUAUCACAAUGGAAGAGUUUAACGGAUCAAGCGAAGAUGCUGAAAGUUUGCUUAGGGAUGCGAGAAAACUUCAAAUUUUACCGUACCAUACGUUUCAAAGGGUUCCCUCGAGAAAUUAUCUUUCAGGUCAAUAUCCAAAUAGUCCUAGCAUAUCCGGAUUUAGUACGAUUAAUUCACGAAGAUCGAGAAAUAAGGGAAGAUUUAGACAGAGUUCGGUCCCAAAAUCGUUGGAGAUAGAUUCAGGUACCAAUUUCUUGUCUUAUACGCCAAAUUUGGCUGUUUAUCACACCGAAACUCUAACGAUUACGUUAAUCGGGGAACGAGGUAAAGGUUACGGCCUUUUCGUUUCAAAUACAACGAAUAACGAUCACGGUGGUGGUGAAAACAGAACGGGAGAUAUAGUUAUAAAUCUAAUUGCACCUGAUACGCCGGCUCACAGAUGUGGAUGUCUUCAAACCGGCGAUAGAAUUGUUUCAGUUAACCACCAAUCUAACUUGACCGUUCAAGAAAUCAAUUCGAUUCUUGAAAUGGCUUCGGAUGGAAGCAAAAUUAUUCUACAAGUAGGAUUUGAUGUUGCUGAUACUAUUGUACCAAGUAGUGGAGUUUUUACUGUUAAAUUAGUUAAAAGAGGUGGUGGUUUAGGUAUAACAAUAACAGCAUCAAAACAUCGUCCAGAUGAACCAUUUAUAAUUUCUGAAAUACGUCGUGGAUCAAUAGCGCAUAGAACCGGAACCUUACACGCAGGCGAUCGUCUCUUGGCGGUGGAUAAUCGCCAAUUGGAUCGUAUGUCAAUAGAAACAGCUUUUGAUAUCUUACAAACGUCCGCCAACGAUAUCGUAACGUUAAAAGUAGAAAAAACGGAAACGGAUAAUUCGAAUUUGUCCUUGGAUAGUGUCGUGUACACCGUGGAAUUGGUGAGAUACGGAGGCCCUUUGGGGAUCACGAUCAGCGGCAGCGAAGAUUGUUCGGAACCGAUAGUCUUGUCACGAUUGACGGAAGGUGGCCUAGCCGAAAAGACUGGUGCUUUACACGUCGGCGAUCGGAUUUUGGCAAUAAACGGGGAAAGUUUGGAUUUGAGACCGUUGUCCGAUGCGAUUCGGUUGUUGCAAAGCGCCGGCGAUCGGGUUCAAUUGAAAAUAGCGAGGAAUUUAAAUCAAAAUGAUAUAUUGACUGAUGAUUCAAGGUGUACCUAUUCGAGUCCAGGAUUGAUGAGUUUAGAUAGUGCCGUACACUCUUGGGAUAGCAACCAAGGGGAAAUUUUAGAUAACGAUUGUAUAAACCCCGUUAAAGACCACGAGAGCGUAAUAAGCGAACCGAUUUCAACGACGUCCUCAACAACCCAUCAACAACACCAAACCGACGAAAACAACCACCACUCAUCAAAACCACCAUCAUUGCACCGUAAUAAACACGACUCCCAAUUACAAUUUUAUUCGGACGCUGAAGAGACCACGUUCUGCCCAAGCCCUUUACCUUUACCCAAUUAUAAUUUUACAAACACCCUCAAAUAUGACACGUCAAUUUAUCGUUAUCACCCCGAACAACAGCGUUUGAAAGGGACGUUUUCAAACGAAAGCAUAUUAGAUAAUGAAGUCUAUCACGUGACGUUGUACAAAGAUUCGGUUUACGACGAUUACGGGUUUAGCGUAAGUGAUGGUUUGUACGAGAAGGGGGUCUACAUCAAUAGGAUUAGAAAGGGCGGUCCGGCUGAUAUUGUCGGGUUGUUAAAACCCUUCGAUCGAAUCGUGCAAGUGAAUGAGACCAAGACGGUCGAGUUCGAUUGUUGCUUAACCGUACCGUUAAUCGCUUCCGCUGGUGAUAGAAUCGAAUUAAUCGUCAGUAGGAAUCCCUACGUUUGUUGUAGUAGUCCCGAAAGAACCUUUAAUGAUUGUUUGGUUGGAAAUGGGGGGUUUUUAGGUAGUCAGAGUACGAUCGUUAAAAGUUUUUAAAAAGCUACAAAAACUAUUCGAUUACAUUUAAAAAUAUUUUAGAUUAUUUCUUUAUCAAAUUCCAUAUUACUGAAAAAAGGUGUAUUUAUUUUGUAUCUUUUAAGUUUUUUUAAGUUGGUAAUUUAAUGCCAAAAGUUAUUUUAAUCAAUUUUGAUGGAUAACUCGUGGUAUUUGAUUACGUCAUUUAUAAGUUGAAAUAAAGAUAUUUAAGAGCAAAGCAGA